AACAACAUUGGCCUAGAUCUCCGAGCAGACUGUGCAUUUCGCCGGCGAACUCAGGGUGUUCCUUCCUAUUCCCCACCGUAAAAUUCUGUGCGCUAUUUCCCCGGGGAACAUACGGUGGUUUCGUCUUAUUCAUUCUUCCUCACUCGCCGUCAUCUCUUGCUGGCAAAAAAAACCUCCGAAGGCAUAAGACAUGGAAGACGAAACUUCUAUCAACGCGAACCAAAGGAAACUUGAUAGGAUAAGCAAUUUACCAGAUUCGCUGUUAUGUCAGAUGCUCUCUUACCUCUCCACGAAGGAAUCGGUUUGCACAAGCAUUUUAUCAAAACAAUGGAGAAGUCUCUGGUUACAUGUUCCCGCAUUGGAAUUAGACUCCAAUAACUUCCGAUACGAUGAUGUCUUUGUGAGUUUCGUAGAAAGGUUUCUGGGUUCUGAAAAUGGGCAACAUUUGGAGAGAUUCAAACUGAUUUAUGAUAUUUAUGAGCAUGAUGCAUCUCGUUUCAAGACUUGGAUCGAUGCUGUGAUUAGGCGUAGAGUUUGCCAUCUUGAUCUUCACAAUGAGGUGGAUGAUUAUGAGCUGUUUAAGAUGCCUCAAUCUCUCUAUUCUUGUGAGAGAUUGGUGAACUUAGAUCUCUACCGUGUAUUCUUGGAUCAUCCUGUAUCUGUUUCGUUGCCUUGUGUCAAGAUUAUGCGUCUUGAUAUGGUCGAGUACGAUUCUGAUUCGACUCUGGAGACACUAAUAUCAAGCUGUCCUGUUCUCAAAGAUUUAAUGGUCCGUGAUGCCAACGACUCUCUAGACCUUGUGUGUGUGUGUUCCAAGUCGCUAGAAGUCCUCAAUAUAGAGUGUGAGCGCUACGAAAUUGACGGUCAUGAAGUUGAAAUCGAUGCUCCAAGACUUGAGUGUAUGACUCUCAGGGAUCACAGAUCUGACAGCUUCAUAAUACACAAUAUUGCUCCUUCUGCAAAGGUGGUCAUUGAUGUUUUUUUUAAUGUGGAAUAUGGUGAUGUACUGGAUCCAGAAGAUACUUCCAAGAUAACUAUGAUCAGUAACUUUCUCACCGGUUUAUCUACAGUCAGUGACAUGGUCAUCUCUGUUGACACUCUAGAGGUUAUUCUUGAUUACUGCGAAAUCGAAGAGCUACCUCAAUUCUCUAAAUUGUCUCGUUUGCAUGCUGGAUUCAGAGAAGAAUUCUGGGAAAUGUUGCCAACCGUCCUUGAGAGCUGCCCAAAUCUACACUCUCUCGUUCUGGAAUUUAAUCGUCUUCAAGAUACGGAGCAGAUUGAUUUUUCAGAUGUGCCACAGUGUGUCCAAUCAUCUCUCGAGUUUGUUCACAUUAAGACGCCGUUCGUUGAAAGCAUGCAAAAGGAAGGGACACCACUCACCAGAGAAUCAAGUAUGAUGAAACUAGCAAAGUACUUUCUAGAGAACGGUGCAGCUCUCAAGAAACUGACAGUAAGUGCAAGUUUUUGUAACAUCAUCAAUGAGAUCAAGUCGAUUCCAAGAAGAUCUAGGAGUUGUCAGGUUGUCAUAAAUUAGUUUUUUUUGGGGGUAAAAACAACUAUGGAUUAGUGUUUUUUGGGUAAAAAACAACCAUGGAUUAGUUGUCAUGGAUUAGUGUUUUUUGGGUAAAAAACAACCAUGGAUUAGUUGUCAUGGAUUAGUUGUCAUGGAUUAGUUGUGCCAACCUGACAUAAAUCUCUGUUGGGUAAACCCUGAAACCAAAACCAUUAUCACAAUGCAAGAGUUCUGGUACAGCACUGAACUCGUGAAAUUGACAUUGACAGUGUUAUUUACUUUUCACCUAAGACACUGAAUUAACUCGAACUCUUAGUUUCUGUGAGGAAUUGAACACUGGAAAAAAUGAUUUUCAAGACCAAAAC